AUGAGUGAUUCCGAUAGUGUGGCUACAGGAACCACGCUUCGAAGUAGUGCGGUUAUGGAGAAUGAUUUGAGCGAAGGUAUUCAGAAAUUGAACAUUGCUCUUGAUUCCCUGGAUGGGAACUCUGGUAGAAGUAAGGGAGUCCAUACCGCAGGAGUGAGUUUAGAAGACUAUUAUGACGACGCAGAAACUGAAAACACGACUUCUGAGACGGAUACAGGACUAAGUGGGAUGGAUAUUUUCCAGUAUAUCGAUAGCGAUACAAGAUGGUCGAAGGAUGAUGCAAUUUUAGCCAGAACAGGCCAACAAAGAAAGAAGACACAUAUAUCAGGCUCUCUCAAGCUACCUGUUCUCGGUGACUCCAGUUCAAUAGGCACUGAAAUAGAGACUUUGAAGAGGCAAGUGGUUCAGUAUAGAAUUAAAAUCAAAGCAUUGACGGAAAUAGUGAAGCAGAUCAACCUGAGAAGUAACGAUGAUACCCCUCUCAUCAAGUAUAUUAGUGCUGUUGAUGGCGCUAAUAAUAAUGUACCCACUGCCGUUAACUCGGAAACGGCAACAAAAAUGGCGUCCCUUCAAGCCGAAAACAAGAAGUUAACAGAUAAUUUAGAGGAGAAAAACAAGAAAUUGAUCAAGCUUAAAGAAGAACUAGUACGAAAUAAAACGGAUUACGAGACCAUGUUAGAAGAGGUUAACGACUAUUUACAGCACAAUGAGAAUAUAUCUGAAAAUGUAAAUGAAAUUUUAAGGUUCUUACUUGAAAAUAUUGACUUAACCGCUGAAGAAAGAGACAACCUUGUGAAGGCCACAAGCUUUGAAUCAAACUUCAUAGAUAUCAAAAUCAAAGCGUUAUCCGUCAAUGUAGACAAAAUUGUCAGUGAACUAAAAUCUUUGAAAGAAAAAACAUCUACUACGCCCAAUGAUGAACCCUCAGAAUCAAGAAGUCUAUCUAUGACAAACAAUAGCAAUUUAGAUACGACAGAAAUGCUAGAUUCAAGAAUAGAGUCGAUAAUUGAAACAAUGCAUGAAAAAUACCAUAGCUUUUUACAAUCUAUCCAGCAUAAGCUAGAUAAGAACACUUUUCUUGAGAACGCUUUGAAGGAAAAAAUGCAACAACAAAAGAUAAUUCUCGAGUCUAUCUCUCACAUGGAACCAGAGUUACCACCGAAUAAUAAUCAGAAAUCUCUGGAACUUCAACGAUCUGGAUCAGAUUUCUUCUCAAGUAUAGAUGACUUGAGUAAAAGGGCUAGUAUGGACUUAUCUAAGUCAUAUCAAGACCAUGUAGAUGCUCUGAAUAACAUGCUCCAAAGUUAUAAACAAGAAAUCGAAGAUAAAGACAAGGAAUUAAAAGAGCUACGGUCACAACUGCGUUAUUCAUACCAAAAUACCACAGAGCUUGAUCUGGUGAAUAAGAUUAAAGAGCAGAGUCUAACACUGGAAGAAAACAGCGCAAGAUGGCAUAGACAAGUGUUGGAUUAUGAUGAGAAAAUUGCAACUUUGCAGAAAGAGAAGCAUGCCCUUUCGGAGGAGUGUAAUCGUGUAAGAAAAGAGCUUCAAGAGUUUCAAGAGCAAUCGUCUAAAGAGGUCGCAGAUUUACGUAAGAAGCUCAACGUAGCCAUGAGAAAAUCAUCAUAUUAUUUGGAUGAUAACCAGGCCCUACAAGAACAGUUGGAAGAACUGGGAAACGAAUAUCAUGCUUUACAUGAAGAUAAUAUAAGACUGAGAGAACUCGUCGGUAAAUCCACCGAAAUGGGCCACCAAAGUAAUCAACUUCUAAUAAUGAAAUCUAACUUGCUAGAUCAUUUAAAAGCAAUCUUUGACUCAUUUGAAAGAGUCUUACAGAAGGAUUCUGUCGAGCAAGCUUUCACCAAGAUACAACAUCUUGAACAAUUGGACUCUUCAAAGUAUUUCAAAAAGACAAUUGUGAAGCUAGAUUCCGUUUUCUUCUUCCUUGAAAGAGCAGUGAAUUCAAUAGUGACGGAACACGUAGAACUUCUCCUGAAAGAAAAAGAUUGGCCAGAUAAUGAAUACGAUGAGAGUACCAAUAAACAAAAUAAAUUGAAGAUUGAAGAGCUAAGGAAAAAAUGGAUUGGCGAAAGAGAGAGGAGGAAAUUGGAAUCAGAAGCAGCAACAAACCGUAUUAAUAUGCUACAGUUAGAGAAUGAAAAACUGCGUGAGCAACUCGGAAUUCACUGA